CAGAGAGCCACGAGAAAGGAGGAGAAACCCCAGCCGCCACCCAGGCAGCAGCCCUCAUCUCUUCUUCCUCUCCCCCCGUCCGUGUCCCCAGCCCAGAGACCACCACCACGGAGGAUCCCCCCCAAUCCAUCCAAUCCCCCAGCCCCACCACCCAAAUCACAUCAGCCGCCGCCAUGGCUUCCGACGGCACCGGCGUCGUCGCCCUCUACGGCGGCGGCAGCGGCAACAACAAGGUCAAGGUCGUCGAUGCCUCCUCCAAGUCCCCCGCCGCCGCCACCUUCUCCGUCAAGGUCGGCCUGGCGCAGAUGCUGCGCGGCGGCGUCAUCAUGGACGUCGUCACGCCGGAGCAGGCGCGCGUCGCCGAGGAGGCCGGGGCCUGCGCCGUCAUGGCGCUGGAGCGGGUCCCCGCCGACAUCCGCGCGCAGGGGGGCGUGGCCCGCAUGUCCGACCCGGGCCUCAUCCGCGACAUCAAGCGCGCCGUCACCAUCCCGGUCAUGGCCAAGGCGCGCAUCGGCCACUUCGUCGAGGCCCAGAUCCUGGAGGCCGUCGGCGUCGACUACGUGGACGAGAGCGAGGUGCUCACCCCCGCCGACGACGCGCACCACAUCAACAAGCACAACUUCCGCGUCCCCUUCGUGUGCGGCUGCCGCGACCUCGGCGAGGCGCUGCGCCGCAUCCGCGAGGGCGCCGCCAUGAUCCGCACCAAGGGCGAGGCCGGCACCGGCAACGUCGUCGAGGCCGUGCGCCACGUCCGCUCCGUCAUGGGGGCCGUCCGCGCCCUGCGCAGCAUGGACGACGACGAGGUCUUCGCCUACGCCAAGCGCAUCGCCGCGCCCUACGACCUCGUCAUGCAGACCAAGCAGCUGGGCCGCCUCCCCGUCGUCCAGUUCGCCGCCGGGGGAGUCGCCACCCCCGCCGACGCCGCGCUCAUGAUGCAGCUCGGCUGCGACGGCGUCUUCGUCGGCUCCGGGAUCUUCAAGAGCGGCGACCCCGCGCGCCGCGCCCGCGCCAUCGUGCAGGCCGUCACGCACUACAGCGACCCGGAGAUCCUCGCCGACGUCAGCGCAGGGCUCGGGGAGGCAAUGGUCGGCAUCCACCUCUCCGACCCAAAACUCGGGGUGGAGCGCUACGCCGCGCGCUCCGAGUAGUACUAUCUUGUCAUGCUUGUUUUCAAUAGCAAUAGCAAUAGCAAUGCUAUGCAUUCUCUUCCUUCCUCCUGAAAAAAAGCAAGGACAUUGCUAUCAUCCUUUCCUUUUGCAUCAUCGACUUAUCCAUCAAUAUUCAAUCACCAUGUUCUUCUUACUAGUACUUGGAUGAAUGAAAUCACCUGUCCCUUGUUAGUAUAUACUCCUGGGUACUUUAUUUGCCCAGUGAUAAAUUGAGCAUGGCUGCGGCACAUAAUCCUGCCUUGAUCUGGAACGCAAGUAUGCCUCAGUGGAGUUGUUUA